GGGCUGUUCGUGUUUUCUUUGCUUAGGUAUCUAUCUAUUUAUCUAUCCCAUUGGUAUUUAUAUUAUUGUUGCUCUUACACUUUGUUGAUAUGCCACACUUAGUCCACCAUCGACGACGCCACUCCUGGCCAUAUUGCGGCCCUGGGACACAGCUACGUGAACGACGAAAUCUGCCGCUCGUCAUCGCUGAGCAGCAACGUCAGUUCGAACAGCAGUUCUUGACCCCGGUGGGUUCUGAGGAUUUGCUCGAGGAUGAUGCCGCAUCGGCGGGUAUUGUUCGUUCCAGGACUGCCCGUCCCCAUCGACGUUGGUACGCUCCAUGGGAUACAACUUCGCCUAGCGCCUCUGGGCAAGUCACAGACCAUCAUGCUGGAUCGGGAUCGGGGUCCCUCCGGAAAAUGAUCCGUCCACCUCUGGAUAAGGCCCGAUCACUCUUUGUGCUGCCGACCACGACCACUACUGGGGAAAGUGUGCUGGUUUCAUACUGGAUGCCCCAGGGAGCUCCUAUUUUGCCGCCUUCAGGUUCGAUCGCUGAAAGGGGGAGAGUUGCUGAUGUUAAAACCGGAGCUGGAUACCUGUCAGUUGAGCGAAACCAUCGGCGAUGCCAUUCAGAGCAGCCUCGGUCAUGGAAAAGGCCCAGCGCCACGUUGUGGCCACUGGAAGAAGAACAAUAACUGUAUGC